ACCGUAGAAGAAGAGUGGAAGUCGGAGUCGGAGCAGCAGCACCUCCGCCUGCACCUCACUGUCUGGACUGUUGUUCGAGGCGGAGGAGCGGAGGAGCGGACCGGGUUCUGGUGCACUUCAACCCGGGUGGAGGUCUUUGUGUGAGAGGAAGAAGAGGAGGAGGAACCGGAGGAGGAGACCGGGGCAGAAUCUGGACUGUUCCUCCUGAAGCUGCGGAUCGAACUGAGAUGUCCGACGUCACCAUGGAGGCGACCACCAUCCUCCCCAUCCUCAAGAAGAAACUGGCCUUUCUGUCAGGAGGUAAAGACCGGCGUAGUGGUCUGAUCCUGACCAUCCCUCUGAGUUCAGAUCAGACCAGUAUGGAGGAGCUGAGCGCCACGUUGGACUACCUGCUCAGCAUCCCCAGUGAAAAGUGUAAAGCUCGUGGUUUCACCGUCAUCGUGGAUGGACGUAAAUCCCAGUGGAACAUCGUGAAGACCGUGGUCCUGAUGCUGCAGAACGUCAUCCCGGCUGAGGUGUCUCUGGUGUGCGUGGUCAAACCCGAUGAAUUCUGGGACAAAAAAGUGACACACUUUUGUUUCUGGAAGGAGAAGGACCGUCUGGGCUUCGAGGUGAUCCUGGUUUCAGCCAAUAAACUGACCCGUUACAUUGAGCCCUGUCAGCUGACGGACGACUUCGGUGGCAGUUUGGACUACGACCACAGCGACUGGCUCAACAAGAGACUGGUUUUUGAGAAAUUCACCAAGGAGUCAACGUCACUGUUGGACGAGCUGUCAAUCAUCAACGAGACGGAUAAGAGCAGCGGCGUGGACAAAGACAAGUCAGACUGUGCUCUGCUGCCGUCCUUCGACCCGGAGACAGUUCUUCAGACCGGUCAUGAGCUGCUGUCUGAGCUUCAGCAGCGUCGGUUCAAUGGCUCCGAGGGAGGAGGAGGAGGACAAGGAGGGCCAGCCUGGUGUCCCAUGGAGGAGGAGCUUCUGGCUCAGCCUCAGGUCAUGAAGCUGCUGGACUCGCUCCGGGAACAGUAUACCCGGUACCAGGAACUGUGCAGACAGCGAAACAAACGCACCCAACUGGACGAGAUCCACGCCAAGGUCAUGCAGGUGGUCACGUGGCUUCAGGGUCCAGGUUCAGAGCUGUUGAAAACCCAACAGGCCAUCGGAGACUCGAUGAGAACAGCUCAGGCUCUGCAGCAGAAACACGAGGAGAUCGAGAGUCAGCACAGUGAGUGGUUUGCCGUGUACGUGGAGUUGAACCAGCAGAUUGCUGCCUUGCUCAGUGCUGGCGAGGAGGAGGAAGUGGCCGAGCUCAAAUCUCUGCAGCAGCAGCUCAGUGACGUCUGUUACCGUCAGGCUGCUCAGCUGGAGAGUCGACAGAAUGUCCUGCAGGCGGCGCACAGCUUCCACAGCACCACGCAGGAGCUGUCGCAGCAGUUGGACGGUCUGCUGGGCAUGCUCUGUGCUGACGUGGCUCCAGCUGACGGAGCUUCCAUCCAACAGAACCUGAAGCUGCUUGAGGAGAAACUGCAGACCGUCGAGGCUGGGCUGACGUCUCUCCGCCAGAAGGGGUCGCUGUUGCUGGAGCAGAUGUGCAGCCCGCCGUCGUGGACUCUGGAGGAAACAGAGAGUCCAGGUGGAGAUCAGCAGGACAACGUCCAACAGAUCCAGUCUGUGAUGGAUGAGAUGCAGCUCCGCAAGCAGAGAUGUGAGGACAUGGUGGAUGUGAGGAGGCUGAAGAUGCUGCAGAUGGUUCAGCUGUUUAAAUGUGAAGAAGACGCUUUACAGGCCGUGGAGUGGCUCAGUGAGCUGUUGGAUGCUCUGCUGAAGACACACGUCCGACUGGGAGACGACUCUCAGGAGACCAGGACCAUGUUGGACAAACACAGGAAGUUUGUGGACGUCGCUCAGAGUACAUAUGACUAUGGCCGUCAGCUGCUCCAGGCCACUGUGGUCCUGUGUCAGUCUCUUCGCUGUACGACACGUUCAUCUGGAGACACCCUCCCCCGACUGAACCGGGUCUGGAAACAGUUCAGUGUCAGCGCCGAGGAGAGGCAGCACAGGCUGGAGUUGGCCCUGAGUUUCCACGGCAAUGCCGAGAGGGUGCUGCAGCAGAUGUGCGUGGAGGCGGAGUCUCUGGAUGAGGUCGACUCUUCAGGAAAAACUCUUCUGGACAGACUGACUAUGCCCGUUAUCUUCCCAGACGGGAGUGAGCAAUACUUUGGGAGUCCCAGCGACACAGCAGUGGCGGCUGAAGGAGUCAGAGAGCGCCUCCUACUGGUGGAGGAACGACGGCUACAGCUGCAGGAGACCAGGCUUCACUACGAGGAGGAAGAGGAGGAAGAGGAGGUGGCUUUGACAGGACUGGAGGCCAAGCUGGAUGUGAUCGGAGAGGAACUGAACGAGAGGGAGGAGCAGGAGGAGGAGCUGGAGGAGGAGCAGGAGCUGGAGGAGGAGCUGGAGAGGGAGAAACAGGACUGUUAAUGAUCAGGAGUCAAACCGAGCAGCCUUAUUGAAGGAGGAAAAGAAGAAGGAGGAGAAGAAGAAGAAGGGCUGCGGAGUCUCCGACACCGUCUGAGACGCUCCUCCUCCUCCUCCUGCUGUGGGGGUUUCUGCACUCUAAGACUACAUUUCCCAUCAGCCCCAUUCCUCUGAAACGAUGACUGUUUGACUCUGAAGCUAGAGCUGUGAGUCUUUAAAAUAAUGCCAUGUACUCCCAACAUGAUGCCUAAUGUCUCCUUCCCAGCAUGCCUUGUGUCGACCUAAACCAGGGGUGUCCAACAAACCAGUCAGCAAAGGGUCCAAUCCAGCCCAUGAGAUGAAUUUAUCAAAUGUAAAAAUUACACUAAAGAUAUUAACGAUCAAGGAUGUUAAA